GUUCAAAACUAAUCAAAAUUCAAAGCUCAGCUCAAGAGUCAAGACUCAAGAGCCAAAAAUACCACGUCGAAUGUCGAUGGAUCAUACUCAUAGAAUGAUGGGAAGUUGGGAACUGCUCAUCGCCAGAACACCCCCUCUCAUGCCACUUCCUAGGGUAGUUCCUGCGCUCCUACGUGCACAGUGUAGUGAGUGUACUGAGUGUAGUGAACUUUACCUAGGCCCUAGGUUAAUUUUAUAUUUUUUACGCAACAAUCACUGCCGGAAUGUCUGGGAGAAACCAGGUGACGGUUAUCAAGCCAGAAGAACCAGCGUUUUUAAAAAGCUUCAAGAAGCGUGCUGGCUAUAAAGAAGGACCUACCAUAGAAGACAAAAAGCAACACCUGCUGGCCGAAGCGGACAACAUUGAUGACCGUCCAGACGAAAAGCCAACGAUUGUUACCCUUCGCCCGGGCGAUCUCACGGAGGAAGAAGUUGAAGCAAUAGAAAAACAAGAGGCAGAUACGAACAAUUCUCAACCGGAAACCGAACCAGAUUUCGUUGAUCUCCAGUCGCAUGCCUCAGUGAAAGGAAGCGAAUUUGCCACAGAAACGGAAACGGAGAUAUCGGAGGAAAAACGUGCGGCGCAACCCAAGGUUGUAUUUCGAAAGCCUCAUAAAAGACCAACGAUCGAUACCGGAAAUCCAUCAGCAACCAUUGGUUCUGCUCCUGCUAAAAAAUCGAAGUCGGCCAGCUCCAUGGAACAGAUCCAGAACAAAAGUUUGUUAUCUUUUGUUGAAGAUGAGGAAUGCAGUGAUUGAGGGAUAAGUGUUCGCAAGCAGGAAUAUCCGCGAUGCUAGCGAAAAAUCAAUCACGUGAUGAUUCUCAUAAAUCUCAACAUA